AUGAAGGACGGACGUGUCCGUCCCCAGGCCUGGAGUGCCCUCGCGGUGCACCGACCCAACCGGGCUCCUUCUGCUGCCCACCACCACUACCUGACGAGGCCGAAAUGGUCGGCCGGUGGGUGCCAGGAGGAAUGGCAUAACGCCAUGCACGCAAAGCAUGGCUUCCCCGUCUUGGGGAACGAGCACCGGGCCAGCUUCGCAUCGGUCUCGACAGCAGAACAGCCCUUGAUGCGUUCAUCAACCGUCACUUCCACCUCCUCAUCGUCGCCAGGGCCUUCAUCAGAUCCCCCGCGCCCCUUCGCCGACAAGUAUGGCCGGUGCCUCGAGAUCCUGCACUACGGUGCCAACAGCACCGUCCGCCUGCAUCAAAUCAAGAUGUCCGCCUACAACGCCAAAUCCAAACAAGUCUUUGCCAUCAAAGUCUACCGCUACCACAACAACAUCGUCGACUGCCCCAACACACUUGCUCGAGCAUCGACCUGCUCACCAGCUUCUAUCGCCGAUCUACAUCCACACCACCCCAACAUCCUCCCCAUCACCGAUCUCCUGUACAACGAACGCUCCGAGCUCUGCCUGGUCAUGCCCUUCUGCGCCGGCGGCGACCUGCACGAGCUCCUGUCCCGCUCAGGGCCCCUCCCCACCGCCGAAGCAGACUGCAUCACAGCCCAGAUCCUACGGGCCCUCUCCUUCCUGCACUCGCACGAGACCGCCCACCGCGACAUCCGCCUCGAGACCGUGCUCCUCACGCACAAGGGCGCCGUGAAGCUCGCCGGCUUCGGGGACGGCCACAUCCGGCGCAUCUGGAGCAAGUGCGCGGUGCCUCCAGAGCCCGAUGACGCGCAUUCCCCGCCGGCCGAUCUCCAUUCCACGCGUUCCUGGUCCUUCUCCCUGCCCUGGCUGCCGUCAUUCAGUCUCAGUCACCCCCGUCCGGCCAAGGGGAACACGGGCGACGCGGCAAAUUCCACCGCCUCGUUUCCCGGUAUCAGUCGCCCCUAUAGCCCGCCGGAGGGAUUCACCUAUCGGCCGCACCGUACAGCGCGGCGCGAUCCGGACUCCGAUGAGGAUGCGGAUGACGGGGAUCCUCGGCCGGCGGAUGUCUGGGCCACAGCUAUUAUCUAUCUGGCGCUGAUUAGUGGCCGUCUGCCGUGGCGGAGUGCGCAGCCCCAUCGCGAGGACGCAAGGUACCUGGACUACCUGCAUUGUCGCCAUGGGGAAGAUGGGUAUCCGCCCAUCGAGGCGCUGGGGGAGAGACGCCGCAAUGCCAUCUACGCCAUGCUACACCCCAAUCCGCGCAAGCGUAUCAAUACGAAGGACAUACUGCGGUCGGAAUGGAUGCACAGUGUAUCCGUCUGCGAAGCCGGGGAGAAGGGAUCUUAA